AUGCAGCCGUUGAGCAGAAAACACCCGGGUCACUCCUAUCCAUUUGCCGUUUUCAUUUUCUUUAUCACUCUUUGAUCACACCUGCUGGACCCUUAAGCUGUGCAGCCACAUUUGUUAACCUCAGCCAAGCCAAGCUUUGCCAGACAAAAACCUCUCCGCAAUCAUUAUGGAUAUUGCCAUUCAGCACCCCUGGUUUAGACGCGCCCUGGGCUCCAUUUACCCAGCUCGACUCUUUGACCAGUUCUUUGGCGAGGGCAUGUUCGAUUAUGACCUCUUCCCCUACACUGCCUCUACUAUCAGUCCCUAUUACAGACAGUCACUGUUCCGUAGCUUUUUGGAUUCUUCCAACUCCGGAAUGUCAGAGGUCAGGUCUGACAGAGAUAAGUUUACAGUGUACCUGGAUGUCAAACACUUUUCUCCUGAUGAGCUGAGUGUGAAGGUCACUGAUGACUAUGUGGAGAUCCAGGGCAAGCAUGGAGAAAGACAGGAUGACCACGGCUACAUCUCCCGUGAGUUUCACCGCCGUUACCGCCUCCCAUCCAGUGUGGAUCAGUCCUCCAUCACCUGCACCCUAUCUGCUGACGGCCUGCUGACACUGACCGGGCCGAAGGUCAGCGGAGGAAACGAAUCCGGCCGCAGCGAGCGUAACAUCCCCGUCACUCGUGAUGACAAGCCCAAUGCUGCUGCCUCUUCCUAAAGGCUUGAGUGGUGGGCGUCGCCCAAAAGGGAUGGCAGCCUCAGAUCCUCCACUCAUUCUUACUUCUUUCCCUGAGAGUCCUUCUUGCUUCACUCUUUCCUCUCAUGAUUAUUCUUUGCAUACUCCUAGAGCAUCAGUAGUAGCCUGAUUUUAACAAAAACGUCACUGUGAGGGUGGCAAAAUUAUGGUCCCCAUAACUGUUUUGCUCACAGGUAAUGUCACACAAAUCUUGUCACAAAUUUCUACAAAUAUAGCCUGUCUUUUAGUAUAUGCCUUGUUCUCUGGAUACCUUGAUACUGAAAAAUAAAUGCUAAAGGAAAACCUAAUAAAGCUGCAAAAUUAACAAAA